GGCCGCGGGCGGGGCCGGCGCUGCGGGCUGCAGCUGAUCGCGGCUGCGGCCGGGGCCGGCGGGACUGCUCUGCCCUGGGGCGUCGUGUGCUCGCUCGGCAUCGCCGCUUGUCCCUCCGUGUGUGAGCUCUUGGAACACUGGAAACUGGAGGUUAUUGUUUGCAUGCCAAGAGCCUCUGUUCCAGAAUUACUUGAACUGUGGAUUGAAGCGACAAUAAAUCACCUCACAGAGGGAAAGCAGCUCUGAGUUGCAGCAAGGACUUGCUACAGGUAACAGAAAGUUUGAAGUCAUGUCCACAAAACCAAAACUUUACUACUUUGAUGGAAGAGGCAAGAUGGAAUCGAUUCGUUGGUUGUUGGCUGCAGCUGGGGUCGAGUUUGAAGAAGAGUUUUUGGAAACCCGAGACCAGUAUGAGAAACUCCUGCAAGGUGGAUCCCUGUUGUUUCAGCAGGUGCCCAUGGUGGAGAUUGAUGGGAUGAGGAUGGUGCAGACCAGAGCCAUCCUCAGCUACAUUGCAGCAAAGUACAACCUCUAUGGGAAGGACCUGAAGGAAAGAGCCUUGAUUGAUAUGUAUGUUGGAGGAACUGAUGACCUUAUGGGCUUCAUUUUGAUGUUCCCUUUCUUAUCAGCAGAGGAUAAAGAGAAACAACGUGCUUUAAUAGUUCAAAAGGCGACAAGCAGGUAUUUUCCAGUGUAUGAAAAGGUUUUGAAAGACCAUGGGCAGGACUUCCUAGUUGGCAACAAUUUUAGCUGGGCAGAUGUUCAUCUUCUUGAAGCCAUUUUAAUGGUAGAAGAGAAGAAGUCAGAUGUGCUCUCAGGCUUUCCUCAGUUACAGGCAUUUAAAGCAAGGAUAAGCAGCAUCCCCGCGAUCAAGAAAUUUCUUGAGCCAGGAAGCCAGAGGAAACCUGUUCCUGAUGAUAAGUAUGUAGAGACUGUCAGGAGAGUUCUCCGCAUGUAUUAUGAUGUAAAAGCAAAUUAGUUUGCCUGGCUGUAAGAGAGCUGCCAGAUUGCACACGUCCAAUUACACUGCGAAGGAAGGCGAAGGGGCGUUCCAGAGGUGUUUCAGUGGGAAAGGUCGUGCCCUCACACAAAAUACAGUAGGCAAGUGUCUUCUUUUAUAGCACUAAAAUACUAGCCUAUUUUCUGGUAAUUUUAAGCAGAUGAGAUGGCAGCAAGCACACUGUCUUCCUAGAGACUUUGUGGAACAGCAGAAAAGAGAAAUGUCAGUUGCUGACUGACAUUUCGUAUGUUGUGACUUUUUUUCAUUUGCUGACUUCAGUAUGUCAUGCUACUUCUGAGGACUUUUUUCUAGAUCCAGAUCAGAUUUUUAUAUGAUGAUUGCUUUCAAUGUAAGCCUUUAUUCUUUUUUAAUAUCACUGUUGGCAAAUGAAACAAAAGUUUUUUAAAGAAAGUAGGAGUGGGGUCUUUCUCCUGCCAGUUCUACUGGACAUCAGUGACUUGUCAACACUGUGCCUUUAUAACUAAGCUGCACUUUUAUUACUGAAUUAGGAAAUAAACUGACUGCCAAAUGAUGUUUUUGUUUAAAUGCUGUAUCUAGAGGACCUGUACUAAUCAAAUAAACUUUUUAUAUAGUCACA